AUGCCCAUCAUGAUCCCAGAUAAGCAAAUCUCAACCACGGCAUUCGUAGUCGAGAAGCCAGGAGCUCCCUUUGUCCUUCAAGAUGUGAUUCUCGAUGAAGUCCGGGCGAAUGAAGUCUUGGUUGAAAUGAAAUACACCGGCCUUUGCCACACAGAUAUUGUCGUCCAACAGGGCGCAAUCCCCGUCGGAGAUUAUCCCGCCGUACUAGGCCACGAAGGCGCCGGAAUCGUCCGUCGUGUCGGUAGUAGUGUUAAAGACACAUCCCUCCAAGAAGGCGACCUUGUCUUCUUGAGUUUCAGCUCCUGCCACAAAGACUCAUGCAAUCCCUGCAACAAAGGCCGAAAUGGAUUCUGCAGUCAGAUUACAUCCAUUAACUUUGCCGGUGCUCGAGGCCUUAGUGCGGCCGAGUCACCUAUCUCUUUUCCUGAUGGAAAGCGCCCGAUCCGCGGCCAGUUCUUCGGUCAAUCCUCCAUGAGCAAGCUGGCUAUAGUUGACGAGCGGUCGGUCGUCAAAUCCCCACCAGGAUCCGGAAUCACGGUCGAAGAUAUGGCCGUCCUAGCUCCUCUUGGCUGCGGAUAUCUCACUGGUGCUGGCACUGUCUUCAAUAUUCUCAAGCCUAAGCCGACAAGUCGCUUUGUUGUCCUUGGUAUGGGCGCUGUUGGAUUGGCGGCUAUGAUGGCUGCCCGGUCUCAAGGAGCUGAAACGGUUAUCGCAGUUGAUAUUGUUGAUGCGAAGCUCGAGCUGGCGAAGUCUCUCGGUGCAUCGCAUACGUUGAAUACGAAGAGUGUAUCGGAUCUUGCACAGGGGCUGCUGGAUGUAUUCCCGGAUGGCGUUGAUUGUAUUCUUGAUACGACUGGGGUAAUUCCUCUGCUUGAGGCUGCAGUCAAAGCUCUUGGUCAUGAAGGUACCCUAGCCAUUGUGGGCGUGACUCGUGCUGGUUCAUCCCUCAAUAUUGAUCCUUUGGCACUCAUGAUGGGGUGUAAACGCGUUGUUGGUGUGAUUGAGGGUUGCGCGAAUCCCACUGUGAUUGUUCCACAGUUGAUUGACCUAUACAAGCAAGGAAAGUUCCCGGUUGAUAAACUUGCUAAGAUAUAUUCCCCGGGUGCCAUUGAGCAAGCGCUGGCAGACUUGCACUCUGGAAGUGUUAUAAAGCCCGUCAUAAAAUGGGAAGACCUAUGA